AUGCACUUGGAGUAUACCUCCAAUGGCACUAGUAUUCUCUGCACAAGAGACUUGGAGUUGGCUACCAAUGUAACGGCCAUGAAGAUCCCCUUGCAAGUCUACCACGGCAAGCUGCACUGCCAGGUAGAGCUUGGCGAGGUGCAGGAGUGUGGUAUGGCAGCAAGCAGCCUCGACUUGGACAUGGGCCUCUUGAGCGUCUCGGAGGUCCGACGUUCCCGAAUCAACAUCUCGAAUCCCAAUCCGGUCAAUGUGACCAUCGAGAGCUUCAGCUUCAGCCACCCUAGCAUUAGCCUCCACAUGGAUGGCAUCUACACCCCUGAGGGACAGCAAGUGCGAUCAUCGAGGCCGAUACCCAGGCAGUCUCACACCAAAAAGGUACUGACGCUGCAAGCUGGUCACCGGCUAGCCUUGGCUCUUGAGGUGCUAGCGCAGGAGCCCACGACUGCUAGUGCACCUCCAGUGAACGCCAGUGUAACCUUGGUUACCAAGCGUGGCGAGAAGAUAGUCCUGCGCAUGAGGUACGAGAGUGUACUGGGCAGCCUUAGUUUCUCACCUGCCAGCCUGCGCUUCGAAGCGUCGUUUCCGGGGCAGGUGCAGAGUCGCGUCGUGGCAGCGCGGUCUACCUUCGAGCAGCCGCUGCAGCUCAAUGCAGUUCGUUCCACCGACAGCCGGAUCACUCCAGAGCUCCUGACCAAGACUUUGAAACCUUUGGCUCGGACCGAGGUUGUACGGGUCUACUACGAUCCGGCGAAGGCAGCUUCGCUCGGGCCGCCGCACGGCGCAGCAUCAGCCGAGGACGCCUCGCGUGGAGCGUUGGCUGCUUCAGUUUCGGGCGAAGCUGUUUCGUGGAAUCACCCACUUACACUGGAUUUCCUGGAAAAGUGGAUGGCCCGCCAGAAGUCUGUCACGAAUUCCAAUGGUAGAGGCACUUCAGAGAUCGAAGCCACGCUAAUAUUCGAUACGAACAUAGUUGCUGGAGCCACCUUGACUGUACAGGCAUCUCUGAUGCAAGCACACUCACUGUUUGAGCCAUUGCUGUCCUUCGACCUGACGCAAGUGGGCGCUUCCAAGACUCGCUGGUUGCUGGUUCAGAACCCAUCUGAGUCCCCUCUCGCUUUGCAGCUCGUGUUCCCGGUCUGCUCUGCCACGAAGUCUCGUGGAAGUGGAGACAACCACACGCAGACCUCUACAACAUCACUGGCUCAGGAAGGCUCUUCUCUGGCUGCGGACUGCGCUGGCGGCAGGGCCUUCCGCCUUGGAGCCGAGAGCGAUGGAAAGGUUUGGCACGUGGAACCUCUCGGUGAAGCCUCCGUUGGUCCCAUAAUAUUCGAGCCCUUCCAGCAUGCGCAGUACCGGACCACGCUGUACGUGAGAAACAACCUCACGACGCUGCAUCAAGUCGAGCUCGUGGGACAUGGUGGCUCGAGCCGCCUCGUCUUUCCCGAAGGGGUCUUGGAGUUCAACCUGACCACUGCAGACUUCGGGGCAGAAGAGGACGUAGGCGCCUUCCAAAGCUUUGGGGGACUUGCAGCCGCUCGAAGAAACCAGUCAGACAGCAACUUCUCGGAUGCGGUCGGUAGCGAUCCCGCAUGGCUGUCCUGGUUGACAGCUGCGAAUGGAAGCCACGGAGCAGGCUUUGGAUCGGAUGCAGAUGGCAUGGGGUCCCAGCCCUCCUGGUGGCGCCAACAUCGCCGCGUCGCUGUGACAAGAAGUCUCAUGGCCACGAACGACUGCGAGCUUCCAGUCGAGGUGGCAGAGGUGAAUAUCGGCGGCGUUCCUGGUUGCAGCGCUUUCGGCUUCGAGGUGCUAGAUUGCCGGCUACCCUUCACAGUGGCUCCACACGAAAGUGUCGCAGUCUCCGUCUCCUUCACUCCAGAGGUCGUGGCCUCUCGAUGGGCUCGGAAUCUGCGCUUCCUCAGCUCUUCGGGUAGACCUGUGCUGCAGGUUCCGCUCCGAGUUAAUCUGUCGCCAGAGCUACUGCCCAUGCUCAGCGACUUGCCAACGUCUCUUCAAAUUCUGGGGGACCAGACAGAGGCAUCGCUUAGAAGGGCUGUCGUCGGCACAGCAUUUGCGGUGCUGAUUCUGAUGCUCGUAGUUGUGGCCAUGGACGGCUUCCGGGCGUUACGGUCGCCAUCCGCAGGACAGCUGAGUAGCAAGUUGUUCAAUGGAGCAGGUAGCACGGAUACCUACACCUCGACGGCGGCCAGAGUCGGUGACGUUGUCUCCAUGCUUUCUUGGACCAGUGUGGAUGCCUUCGCCGGUGUCGAGGACAAGGAACCGGUGCAACGAGUCCAGCUUCAGGAAGAGCCGUCGACGGCGCAGUUGCAGGCGCAGCCGUCACAACGGGCUCAGCCACAGCCAGAAGUCUCCCAGCAAGACCAGUUGAAGGAGCAGCAGCAGCAGUUGCAGGCGCAGCUCCAGCAACUCCAGCAACUCCAAGCUCAGCAUCUCGGUCGUGCAGAGGCACGGGAGGCUUCAGGUUCGCAGGACGCCGCGGUGGCGCCACCGAAAGCGGCCGCAAAGACUUCGCAGUCGCAGGCAAAAGCACACACAGCCCAAGCCCAGACCCCAAAGAACCAGCCGCUGUCUGCUCCAGCUCAAGCCAAACAGCCGAAGCAAAAAGAAGGAAAGGGACAAGCAAAGGAGAGCGCCCCGGCUCCCCCUCCCAAGAGCUCAGCUCCGAGCAAUCAGAGCCCGGCUCCGAAGGCAUCGCCCGCUGGGCAGCCUGCGCAGGCUGCAACGAGUGACAGACGCCCGUCUCAGCCGCAGCCGCAGCCUCCAAAAACGGAGGAGCCAAAGCCCAAGAAGAAGGCCGAGAAGCAAGAGACAGAGCAGUCACCACACCAAGCUAAAGUGCCCCAACCGCCCACGCAAGCCCCUCCAGCACCGGCCCAAGCACAAGCCAUCGCGGCCCGGCGCCGGGAGGAGGAGCGCGCAGAGGAGCGCCGAAGGGAGGAGGAGACCAGAAGGGAGAACCAGAAGCGCGCCCAGGAAGAAGCCGCGAAGAAGAAGGAGAAGGAGAAAGACAGGGAAAAGGAGAAAGAGCUUAAGGAACACAAGGAUUCCAAGGCGAGGCGCUUUGAACAGCAAGAGAGAGCCUCUGCAACUAAAGCUCCGCCCAGCCAGCCUCCAACGGUGCCCCCUGCUCCAGCAAAGGCCCCGCCUCAAGCACAGCCAUCACAACUGCCCACGCAACCCCCGACGCUGCCGCCAGCAGCACCACCUAUGCAGACCCAGCCAGUGCCACAACCCACUGUACCCCUGAAUUCUGUGAAUUCCGUUUGGAUGGACAACAAGUCUCCAAGUGAUUUCAUGAGUCAACCCAGUGGCAUGUUACAGGAAGAAUCGAGUUCCAUGCCACUUCCCCCACCACCCUCCAUUCCACCGCCACCGGCACCAAGCAAGGCAGCUCCCAUCAAGCCCAAAGCCAUCAGUCCCAUGAGCCCGGCACCAGCACAGGACAUGGGCGACAGAGGCGCUGUGCGAGCGCCUCCGGGUAUUGACCUGGGACUUCUCCUGACAGGCCCAGCUCCAGGCCUUUCCCCGCAACCGGUCCGGCCUCCACCCGGCAUUGCCAAUCCUUACGCCCCUGAUCCUGGCAGCUUGGCUCCGGCAGAGGCUGCAGCAGUCUCAGCUGUGCAGGGGCUUGGGACGGACAGCUUUUUUGGCACGCCCGGGCUGGACUUCGGCAAUUUGGGUGCCAUUGGCCUCCCACCAGGCAUCGGCCCAGGCAUGCCAGGGCCGAAACAGCCUCAGAGACUCCAACAGCCGGGCUCUUCGUCGGGGACGCAGGACUUCUUUGAUUCUUCAUUGGAUCGCUUGGGCAUGUUCAACGAGCCUGGAGCGAACUCCUCUCUUUUCUCUUCACCCUUCGGCAUGUUUGGCCCAAUUGGAGGCUAUGGCGAAAGGACCUCGUCCGACGGCAACGACUUCCUGUCGGAUUUGCGAUCGGACUCAAGGCGGAUGGACGGCUGA